GGGUCAAGCUGUUAUCGUAUUUGUAUGUCCGCGCCCGCCGUAAAGAACACUGAUUUGUAUGUCUGCGCCCGCCGUAAGUGUUCGCUAUCGUGUUCCUAGUUUGUCCGCGUGUCGUAUCCCGUUGUGUGGUUCAUAUAGCGUACAGAGGUAUUGCGUUUUGUUACUCGUGUUUAUGUGGUUUUCUACGUUUGUAUUCUAUGGUGUGAUUUUGUACGUAUUACGUAAAGUUGUGUCAGUUGUUUUCAUUGGUCAGUGUUUUGGUCAUUUGGCGGGUAUUUGUCUUUGUCUCGGGUAGGUGUCAGUUCCGAGUUGGACUCGACGACCGUACGGACGUGUUUGUAAUUUUGAAUUUCUCAUAGUAUUGGGAGUUUCACAAGGUCUGUGUAGAUACGGCUCUGCGCCACACGCAGGGUUAUACAUGUACCCUGGUACAUUCUCGAAUAAAUGACAGAGACCUCACCCAGAGUGUACGUUAUUUGUAUACAAACAUGCAACUCUACUACAAUGGAGCCCCCAGUGACCUGUCAUUCAUCGAAGAAACGACCUAACAUACUGAGAUUCCCGCCAAAUAUCCACUCCUGCGGUCUUCGUGAGUCUCCGGAUUGGGCCGAUUCUCAUUGUCCGUCACUACUCGUAGAUCUCCGGUAUUUGCUGACGUCAUCGCCUGACCGUCAUUGUUCGUAAUUGUUCGGUUAUCUCCGAGAGCGUCUUGCUGUUCUGCGCAUGUGUAGACUUUCCUACCAGUUUCCUGUUUCCGGUAAAAACAACGUUUUCUCCAUGUGACAGUUUAUAUCAAUCUACUGCUGUUUCAACUUGGAUUUCUUGGAACUGUUCAAUACUGUGACUUGUUCUACAACUAGACUGACUUAAUUCUGGAUUAUUAAUUAAUUCUAUUUUGUGUUUAUUCACUGGAUUUAUGUAUACUUGUGUGACUUAUUUAUUUAUUUAAUUUUUUUUUUUUGCUUUUGUGUGCUAAUUUCAUGUUGUGUCAACUGUGUGUGUCAGUGUUGACCUAUGACGACUAGGACUGGGAUUGUCGUUGUGUUUUUUCGCUGGAUUAUUUAUUCUCAUUCUACAGAAGGUGAGUUCUUUGGUUUUUGUUUAGUUUUUUUUCUGACAGUUGUGCCACAUUUUGGUCUUAGUUUCAGUUUCGGUUUUGUCUAGUUUUGUAAUGUGACCUACUUAGCGCGAUUACAAUCACUAUCGUGUAAUUAACAGGAACCGAUUCGCGAAACAUCUCGGCAAUUUGGCUACUGUUUAUUAAUAUAUAUUUUUAUUUAUUUGUUUUUUUUUUUGCUUUUGUUUUCACAUCAUUAUUAUUAUAAUUCUUUCAUUUAUUUCAGAAACCUAAAACUUGUGUUUAUUUAUAUUUAGAAUUAGUUUCAGGUUUUCCUUUUUGUUCAUACAAUGUAUAUUGACUUUACAAUUUUCAGGAUGACAAAUUUCUAGGAGAGGGGAAAGAAGUUGUAUAUCCACUUAGAGUUGUUGUACUACUGUUUUAGGUAAGGAACAGUGGCUAGUCUUGGAUAUUGUAUUAUUAUAUUAUCCCCGGUUGUUUUUUUUUCAGUGUUUUUUUUUAUGUAAAUAUACCUAUUCAAUCAUGGAAGAUAUGUCGAAUGAGGAGAUAGGUAAGCUCCUUGAUAUUUUUAAGACUCUUAAGAGUAAGCCGAACGUGGAUUCUGUAGAGAAUUUUCAGAAAUGGAUGUCGGAACAUAGUCAACAUAUACAGGCCCAAGAGGGAGCAGAUUCCAAGGAAGCUGUUCAGGAGGAAGUGAAGACACGGUACCCAUCCUCGUCUAUGCAGCACUUCCCGAAGAUCUCCCCAUUUUCUGGAGAUGACAAGAAGGAAACUACUUAUGAUGUAUGGCGAAGCCAGGUAGAAUGCAUCAUCAAGGAAGGUCAUCCACAGCAGACAGUAUCCCAGGCCAUUAGAAGGAGUCUGAAAGGGGAAGCCCUCAGAGUAAGGUCACGACUCCCACCAGAGGCUGGCGUAGGGGAAAUUUUGGCCAAGAUGGAUAGCGUGUUCGGCAUUGUGGAGCAGCCAGAGAUGCUCUUAGCUAAUUUCUUUAGUGCCAAACAGGAGCCUUCUGAGACUGUAUCAGCCUGGAGUUGCAGAGUCGAGGACUUGUUUACCAAGGCUGCCGAUGCAAACAACAUACCCCUUAGCAAGCAGGACACGAUGUUGAGGACAGUUUUCUGGUCUGGGCUGAACGGACGACUAAAGGAUGCCACUGGACAUCUAUACAUUCUUCCCGGAAGUUUUGACAGCCUCAGGAUAGCCAUCCGCCGAGUUGAGCAGGACCAUACAGGCAGAGCAGAGGAGAAAGGGAAACAGCCAACGCCCAAACCUGGCAAGUCAGCAGUGGUAGUUGAGACUAAGGAACCAGUAUCCAGGACGGAGAUGGACGAGAUCAAAGGAAUGAUUAACCAACUGUCUGUUGAUUUUAAAACUUUGGGACAGAAUCAACAAGGAAAGAAUCCUUAUCCAAGACAGAACAAGUUUAAGGGAAAGCAAUCUGGAAAGUCAGAGUAUGAAAAGUCCGGUCAGGAGACGAGGAGUGAGCCAACCUGUUACCGCUGUGGAAGGGAAGGUCAUAUCAGCAGGGGUUGCAGGGCACUUACUGACCACCAGGGGAAACCUUUAAAUGGACAGGGGCCAGGAGUGCAGGGGAAACGCUUGGCCUGA